AUGUCGCCCGAUAGCUCUUCUUCGUCUUCUCCUCCCAACUCGUCGGCGUCCCCCGAGGGCAGCGACGCCGCCGCCCGGUCCAGCGACACCUCUGUUGUCGCCAGCUCUCGAGGCGGCCGUCAGCCUCUAAGCCGGCGAGGCCAUUUCAAGUCUCGAAUGGGCUGCUUUAAUUGCAAGAGACGUCGCGUCAAGUGCAACGAGCUGCGGCCGCAGUGCUCUCCGUGCCGCCGUCUCGCUCUCGACUGCUCCUAUCCCCCCACGCCCACUCCCGCCGCGAGCCCUAUACGCUCCAACCCAUCCAUGCUCUCUCUGGAGGACCUCCGCUUCUACCAUCAAUUCAUCACUACCGCCAUUCCCCCUCUCCCAGUCAAGGCUGAGAGGGGAUGGAUGGAGUGCGCAGCCAUGUCUCAUGAGUAUGAUUUUCUCGCACACGCUGUUCUUGGGCUCGGCGCCUCUCAUCUUACACGCCACACCAAUGCCGACUUCAAUUCGCAAGCGCUGCAGCACCGACUCGUGGCCAUCAAGCAGGUAAACGAGCAGCUCAGUAACCCGCCCUCGAGUCAGCAGUCCUUGGACGCUAUCCUCGCUGCUCUCUUUUGUCUCAUUACGCAAGCCUCGCUAAUUGACGAUGGACUUGCCGAUUAUAUGACCAUUAUUCGCGGUGGGCAUCUUAUUGUUAUUGUCAUCAUCGGCGACAUGUCGAAAUCAGUUUUUCCCGGCUUCACGGUUGAGGGGCACGACAGCAUGUCCCAGCAGCUGACACGGGAAGAUCAGCGCGACGAUAUGACGGACAUGAACAACUUUGCAGUGUCUCUACAGUUACUGGAGCCUUUGAUACAAGCUCCCUAUGAGCACAGAUAUUACGGGAUGAUGUUGCAGAUACCUUACGCCAUGCAGCGAUCAUCUUUGGACGCGUGGAGGAUGUUUUCGAAUCUAUUUCGAUUCCCGGCGACAUUCAGCAACGAGGAAUUUAUUGAACUGGUUAACCCCGAAAACUACGGCUCUCGGCUGCUACUGAUACACAUGUUCCUCGUUGACUAUGUCGUCGCCGCGAUAUGCCUCUCCCCAGAUACCCCCAUCAGAGCCCCUGCUCGGAAACAUGUCAUCAUCAAGUGGGCCAGAAGCGCAACCUCCAGUAUGCCGCAAGAAUACAAACGCUACACGACGUGGAUCGACAGCUACUGCGACAAGUUGGAACAGACGACAGAUUGCCGCCACCUGUUUACUCCCUGA